AUGGCCACAUACAUGCGUCCUUCGGUCAGAGUGGCCGCGGUCGCUGCGGCCGGAGCCGGUCUGGCAUACGCCGGCUACCAAUACAGGAAUAACGCGUCUUCCUUGUUCAACACCGCACACGCCGAGUCUCUCCCCUCGGAUGCCCAGGCGGCAUUGAAGAAGAUGCAGUGGAAAGGCUUCACCGAGCUCAAGCUGGAAAGUGCCGAGAUGGUCAACCACAAUGUCCGACGCUUGACAUUUGCAUUGCCAGACGACCAAUCAAUCACCGGCCUCGCCCCUAUCACCUCACUCCUUACCAGACACACACCUGAAGGUGCAUGGAUCCCGGUUUUCAGACCCUAUACCCCCAUCAGUGACAACGACCAGGCGGGAACUGUGACAUUCAUGGUGAAGAAAUACCCUAAUGGCAAAGGGUCGGGCAAGAUGCACUCGUUGAAGCCUGGCGAGACGCUACUGUUCAAGCCGUUGCAUGAAUUCGACUAUAAGCCCAAUCAAUUCUCUGCCAUGACCUUUAUUGCCGGAGGGUCUGGUAUCACUCCAAUCUAUCAGCUGACCCGCGCUAUCCUGAAGAACCCAGAGGACAAGACCAAAAUCGCACUGGUAUAUGCCAACAACUCCGAGGAGGACAUCCUCUUGAAGAAUGAAUUCGAUGAGCUGGAAAAGAAGUAUCCUGGCCGCUUUUCCCGAAUCUACACGAUCAGCAAGACCACUCCGCAAAACGAGGGCCUUUACGAGAAAGGCUAUGUCACCAAGGAAAUCCUCAACAAGGUGAUGCCCCAGAAGGCGAGCGAGCGUAGCGUCAAGGUGCUGGUUUCCGGGCCUCCAGCCAUGGUUGAGAGCGUUGCGGGCGCCAAAGGUGGAUUCGGCUGGACGCAGGGAUCUCUGGGAGGGAUCCUGAAGGAAUUGGGCUACACCAAGGAGGAAGUGCAUAAAUUCUAG